AUGAAGGCCUCGAUGCUUCUCCUCGCCCCACUUCUCGGGCUUGCCGCAGCGGCUCCUUUCCCAGGGCCCAAGGCCAACGAUGCCGACUCUCCCAUCCUAGGGGUGGUCUUCGAACGUCGAGGCACCUCCCUCGUCGCCCGACAGUGCGACAAGGACUACGAGGCGUGCCACAUCUACAGCCGGAGCCCGGCCCCCAAUGAAGAUGAACCAGAUUAUCCCGGCAUGGGAAUCAUCUACGAGCGUCGAGGCAACAGCAACGAGCUGAUUGCGAGACAAUGCGACAAGGACUACGAGGCGUGCCACAUCUACAGCCGGAGCCCCAAUGACGAUGAACCAGAUUAUCCCGGCAUGGGUAUCAUCUACGAGCGUCGUGGCACCGAGCUGGUCGCGCGACAAUGCGACAAGGACUACGAGGCAUGUCACAUCUACAGCCGCGCCCCCGCUCCGGCCCCAGCGCCCAACGACGACGAACCCGACUACCCGGGCCAGACGAUUGCAUAUGAACGGCGCCGAAGCGAGCCCGCGCUGGUCGCGAGACAGUGCGACGACGACUACAAGGCAUGCGACAUUUACAGCCGUAGCCCUGAGCCGAUGCCUGAGCCUAUCCCGGAGCCUGAACCAGAGCCUGUCCCCGAGCCGGUCCCAGGGUGUCCGAAAGAUUACGAGGCUUGCAGCAUGUACGCCUAA